AUGAACAUGACAAGUAUUGAAGAUUUGUCUAACCACGGACGUGCUGGCUGGGGGAAGGUAAAAAUCAUGCCCGGAAGGCAUGCGGCGGGCGCUCUUGACGUGUUUGGCGUAGCUGAUAAUUGGUGCGCUGGCCCGGAAAACUUAUCCUACCGACAGGACCAACUAUCACUGGCCGUCCUUGCUUCGUCCUCCUCCAUCUGGGGUGGAUUCCAAGUCCAGUCUCCAAAUUCCAAUGUUCCCUUCCUCCUCUCUCACUGCCUUUUGCUUUUCACAUCUUCUUCCUGGGAUCUCUCAUCCGAGGAAGUGCCGGUCAUCUCCAGCCGGCUUCUCGUCAUGGCGUUUGAAGAUCAUGCUAUCCUUUUAUUAUCAGGAAAUGCACGCUAA